AUGUACUCCCAGGUGUUGUCGGAUGUGCGCAGAGUGGUUGGAGAUGAUGUCUACUCCCCUGAGGAUCCAAAGGAGCUCUGUGGUCGGCUCUUCUUCACUUGCUACAUGUCCAGUGAGAACUCUUCCUCUGAGACCAGGGCUCGGGCUCAGGAGCUGGCCUCACAGAUUGGCAGCACACAUUUGAACAUCAACAUCGACCUGGCGGUGAAAGGCAUUUUGAGCAUUUUCUCCGCUGUCACUGGAAUGUUCCCAAAGUUUCGUGCAAAUGGAGGAAGUCACAGAGAAAACCUGGCCCUUCAGAAUGUCCAGGCGAGGGUCCGGAUGGUCUUGUCGUACUUGUUCGCGCAGUUGUGUCUUUGGGCUCGUGGGAAACCUGGAGGACUGCUGGUGCUUGGCUCUGCAAACGUAGACGAAAGCCUGACUGGAUACUUCACUAAGUACGACUGUUCGAGUGCAGACAUCAACCCGAUUGGAGGCAUCAGUAAAACAGACCUCAAGAGUUUUCUGUCGUACUGUGUGGACAAGUUCCAGCUUACAGCUCUGAAAAGCAUCCUCUUGGCGCCCCCUACAGCUGAACUCGAGCCACUGACAGAUGGACAGGUGUCACAGACUGAUGAGGCCGAUAUGGGGAUGACAUACUCGGAGUUGUCUGUGAUUGGUCGACUCCGAAAGAUUUCAAAGUGUGGUCCUUUCAGUAUGUUCUGUAAACUCAUCCACAUGUGGAGGAACACACUGUCACCAGCAGAGGUGGCUGAGAAGGUGAAACGGUUUUUCAGGAUGUAUUCCAUAAAUCGGCACAAGAUGGCGACGAUGACACCCUCCUACCACGCGGAGGUCUACAGCCCUGAUGACAACCGCUUCGACCUGAGGCAGAUUGUCUACAACACACGCUGGAGCUGGCAGUUCAGGGCCAUCGAGCACCAGGUGUCUCAGUCUCUGGUCCGUGCACAUAAACGGGAAGAUGAACUGGAGUGCAGCGCUCUGAUCUCUUGGGACACGGGCAGGCACUCUUUACUGCAGACGCAAUCCUGUUCUAGUACUGGCUUUGUAUGUGCGCGUCUCGGGCCUCUGUGGCUCCUAGUGGCUUGUACGCGGGAUCCUUGGAGUGCUGCAUCUCUGCGCGGGUCUCCCCUUCUGGAACCUGGAGAAACGCACCACCCUCACUGCUACCACAGACUAUAA